AUGCCUCCGCGACACCAAACACUACCCCCGGCGCAGACCGCUGCAGCCCGCGAAGCUCUGCAAUCUUUCUACUGCAGCCUCUGCUCAAAGGGAUACUCUCGCAUGAAUGACUACGAGGCGCAUCUCGGCAGCUAUGACCAUAGCCAUAAACAGCGACUCAAAGAUAUGAAGGCUAUGGUUCGCGAUCCGAACGCCGGCACCCGAGCCCGAAAAGCCGAGGCCAAGGCGGAUGGCCUCGUCAGCAUCAAGCUCGCCAACAACGAACAGCCACAGCAGUCUGCCGGAGGCGGAGGUUUUAAGAAGGGCGGUUUCAAAAAGUCGGGCUUCAAAUCGGCAUUCGCCCCCGUCGACGCCCCGAAUGCGCCAGACGCCCCAAGGUCAAAAGCCGGCCAAGCCCUAGAAGCAGACAGACUUACGAACGCACGCGAACGGGAUGCCCUUAUUGAGAGUGAUACCGAUGACGAGAGCUACGAACAUUACGACCCGCGAUACCCCACCGAAUGA